CCUUCUGCGCAGGCGCACUGGCGCCGCGGCCGCAGAUUCCCGACUUCCGGUUCCGGCGGACCCGGAGGCCAGACUGAGGCUAAUGGCGGCGUCCACGGAACCGAACCUAGAAGGCGUAGAGGAGGCCAAGGUGGAAGAGGAGCCGCGAGUUCUGGAACCCGGGGCCGCCCCGUUCGGAAAUUUCCCUCACUAUUCCCGCUUCCACUCUCCAGAGCAACGGCUCCGCCUCCUGCCUCCGGAGCUGCUUAGCCAGCUCUUCCCUCAGGGUCCCGAGAAGAAGCCGAUUCUGGGGCUGGACGUGGGGUGUAACUCCGGGGAUCUAAGUGUGGCUCUGUACAAACACUUCCUUUUCCUACGUGAUGGGGAGACCCACUCAGAUGCCUCAAGAGAACUCCGUCUCCUCUGCUGCGACAUAGAUCCAGUCCUGGUGGAGCGAGCUAAAAAAGAAUGCCCUUUUCCUGAUGCCUUGACUUUUAUUACCCUGGACUUCAUGAAUCAAAGGAGCCAGAAAGUUCUCUUGAGCUCUUUCUUAGGCCAGUUUGGACGCUCAGUGUUUGACAUUGGCUUCUGCAUGUCCAUAACCAUGUGGAUUCAUCUGAACCAUGGGGACCAUGGCCUAUGGGAGUUUCUGGCUCACCUCUCCUCCCUCUGCCACUACCUCCUUGUGGAGCCACAGCCCUGGAAAUGUUAUCGGGCAGCUGCAAGGCGUCUUCGAAAGUUGGGCCUCCAUGAUUUUGACCACUUCCAUUCCCUUGCCAUCCGAGGUGAUAUGGCCAGUCAGAUUGUGCAGAUCUUGACCCAGGACCACGGCAUGGAAUUAGUAUGCUGCUUUGGCAACACCAGCUGGGACCGAAGCCUUCUGCUCUUCAGGGCAAAACAAACCACAGAGACUCAUCCAAUUCCUGAAUUACUGAUAGAAGGAAAAGAAGGGAACAGGUUAAGAUCCUGGAGAUAGUAAGAUGAGAGGGUGAGAAGACCAGGAAAGAGAUACUGAAAGGCUUUUAUUCUGAGAAUUAAAUCCACUCUCCUUAACAGGCCGCUUCAAAACCUGGCAGAAGCUUUUAGCAAAAUGUCCAAGAUGCCAUUGAAAUAAUCAGUAUCUGUUCCCCAUUGUUCAGGAUGAUUCUGAAGGAGAAUGCAUCUCUGGAGCAGUGAGCUGGGCUGAAUGGCCUAGAGAAAAUGAUCCUGUUUCUGGGAUAUGGAAGGAGCUGCUUUUGGUGGUUAUUUAUAAAAACCAGGCUAGCCUUAGAAUGUAUCAGUUCCCUGGGCCCCUUGAUUCUGAUCUGGCUUCUUAAUGACUUAACUCAUCCUUCAGGCAAAACCUCACUAUACAAUUUGAAAAAAGAGUCACUGGCCUGGCUAAAAGUGAGCAUAAGUAGGAAAAACAUCUUAUCUUCCAGAGCAGGUCUUAAUCUCCAACAUGACCAGGCUACAGAUACUAGGCAAGAUGCAUUGGCUGACAUUUAAAAGAUAUUUAAAAGAUUUAAAUUAUGGAGGGGGAGGUAGAAGUGAAUAAACAGAAGGAGACUUGACUUUGGGUGGUGAACAUACAAUCCUAUAUAAUAAAAGGCUAAUAUGCA